AUGGGCAACGAAUCCUCGACCCUGGUAGAUGAGCACACGCCCCCGUCAGUGCUGGAGACACGCAGCAUCGAGGCGAUUGCCAAAUAUGUCAAGCAAAAGCCCGUGAAGCGCGUGGUGGUGAUGGUCGGAGCUGGCAUCAGUACUUCGGCCGGAAUUCCUGAUUUCCGCUCGCCAGACACCGGCAUCUACUCGAAUCUCGCCCAUCUGGACCUGCCCGAUCCCGAAGCCGUCUUCGACAUCAGUUUCUUCCGCCAGAAUCCCCGCCCAUUCUACGCCCUGGCCCGGGAACUUGCCCCGGGUCAGUUCAGACCCACCAUCGCACAUUCGUUCAUUAAGCUACUUUACGACAAGGGGAUGCUACUGAAGCACUUCUCGCAGAACAUUGACUGCCUGGAGCGGCUGGCGGGGGUGCCGGGUGAUAAGAUUGUCGAGGCGCAUGGGAGCUUUGCGACACAGCAUUGCAUCGACUGCAAAGCGGAAUACCCCGAGGACUUGAUGAAAGAGGCUAUCACCAACGGAAAAGUUCCGUACUGUACUCAGUGCAAGGGGCUGGUGAAGCCCGACAUUGUCUUCUUCGGGGAGUCGCUGCCGGCUGACUUCUUCGACAACCGGGAGCUCCCCGAGCAGGCGGACCUGUGCAUUGUUAUGGGAACCAGUCUACAAGUGCAGCCGUUUGCCAGUCUGCCCGCAUUCGUUAGUGAUGGAAUACCCCGCGUGCUGAUCAACAUGGAGCGGGUCGGUGGGCUGGGAUCCCGCCCGGACGAUGUACUGGUGUUGGGUGACUGCGACACAGGGGUGAGACGAUUGGCACGGGCGUUGGGUUGGGACAAGGAGUUAGAGGAGCUGUGGGAGAGGACGAACCCGGACCCGGCCACACGGGCGGCGGAGAAUGCAUCCCCACAAACCCGGGAGGAGCGGCUGCAAGAUGAAGUGGACCGGCUCACAGAGGAGGUUGAUCGCACGUUGGGAAUCUCGCAGGCGUACCAGCAGCGAGUGCGGCAGCAUCUGGAGCGACAGUCGGGCACGCACGCGGAAGCAGCGGGUAGGAAGGAGAAGCAAGCUGCAGAGGAGAACGACCGGAUUGGGGGAUUGGCUCAUGUCUUCCCGCAUCUGGCGCGGAUGCAGGAAGGGAGGUGA